AUGAUUUCUUUCAGAGCUCUCAGAACUGCGACCCGUGGAGCGCGUUUCUGCCGCCCGCUGCCGAUCAAUACGUACCAGAAGCGCACGUACGCUCUGAAAGAGAACAACGAUCCGCCAAAAUUGGCAUAUUUCUUGCUGGUCGGUGUGUUUGGCACGCUCGUUUUUGUCUAUGUUGCCAACAAGGUCAAUGACCAGGAUUCCUCCACGUCACUGGCAAAGCGGAAAACCACAUUCACCGAAGAGGAGUGGGAACAGCAGAUGAAUCAAAUUAAGCGCAAACAGCUGGCCUUCGACAGUUCCAACAACGUCUAUUUGGUUCCCUACGGAGCGCACAGAGAACAGAAAGUGGAACAGCUCGUAAACACCCUUGGCCCAAACACUGCCACCGUGAACUUGAACGAACUCAUCAAGCGGCAGAUAGAUGAUCCAAACUCGCAGUACGGCGCAUUGCUGAAAAGGAAUCUGGAUACAUACGAUUCUCAGAGAAACACCUGUUUCUAUACUUUUACUUAUAAAUUGGCUGCUGGUGUUUUCACCAAACUUGUGAGAACAGAGAUGCAACGGCUCAAAGCAAAGGACCCCCAGAUCAAGAAUUUCGUCAUACUGAACUACCCUAAUACCAUGCCCGAGGCCGUUAAAUUCGAGCAGGAUGUGGCUACUGUGAAGAACCUUGUCCUUUUGGACGAGAGAGAAUCGAAUGAGAACAUUGUGGACUACUUCCGAACCGUUGGUAAGGUUGUGGAUCUAGAGAAGAUAGAAGAAUAG